UUAGUGGAAAGAUCUGAGUAUCUAUGCAGGGGCACCCUAGACUAGGACCCUCUGGUCUUCUUUAUCCCAUACACCCCAAGGGCUGCAACUAUCAAAAGAGAAAACGCGCUAAAGCGUCCUGUUGUUUUCAUCUCAGGUGCUGCGUUGCUGUGUUUUGAUCAGGUGUACCUGCCCCCUAGUCCUCUCCCACCUAGGACGGGCCAUGCCUGGAGGGACAGAGGAGAAGGACGAGGGGAGGAGGCACGAAGGUCACCGCGAUUCCGAGAUCAGGAGGACGCAAACAAGCCGCGCUUCCCUGGCACGUUCGGGCGGGGCGUUCACAGGGCACCGGGCAGGGAGGCGGCACAUCCUGGGCUCCGCUCCUCGACCGCCACCCACCGAGUGUGCCCGCCUUCCCGGCCCGGAGGAGCCAAGGACCUCGGCUCCCGGACAGUGGGAGCCCGAACGCCGCCUCCUGAGAGGCUCUGUAUUCUCUUCAGAAACUCAUAAAAAGUGGUUCAUCAUGGGAAGGACAGCACUGUUUGAUUUCACUCCUACAACUUUUCAUUUACAUUACACUGAGAAAGUCAUAAGAAACAACUGUUACCAUCUGAGGGCAGAAACUGCUAUGAUGUACAAAGGCAAGAAGUGAUUUUCCUGAAUCACAGGAUGACUCAGGAAUGUUGAAAUUAGGAUAUCUUCAUUUGGAUGGAUCCUGAAGCUGCCCGGCUGGAGAAGCAGCACGUGCAUGAUGUGUACAAGAGCACCGCCCCAUACUUCAGUGAGCUGCAGAGCAAAGCCUGGCCUCGAGUCCGCCAGUUCCUCCAGGACCAGAAGCCUGGCAGCCUCAUUGCUGACAUUGGUUGUGGAACUGGAAAGUAUCUUAAAGUGAACAGCCAGAUCCAUAUCCUGGGCUGUGACUACUGUGGGCCAUUGGUAGAGAUUGCCUGGAAUAGAGGGUGUGAAGUCAUGGUAUGUGACAACCUUCAUCUCCCCUUUAGGGAUCAGGGCUUCGAUGCCAUCAUCUCCAUAGGAGUCAUACAUCAUUUUUCUACAAAACAAAGAAGAAUCAGAGCAAUAAAAGAAAUGGCCAGGGUCUUAGUUCCUGGAGGCCAACUGAUGAUUUAUGUUUGGGCAAUGGAACAAAAGAAGCGCUGCUUUGAGAAGCAAGAUGUUCUUGUUCCAUGGAAUAGAGCCUUAUGUUCCCAGCUCUUCUCAGAAUCCAGCCAGUCUGGGAGGAAGAGGCAGUGUGGACAUCCAGAAACAAGCCAUUCCUAUCAUCUUCCUUCCUCUGAAUGUAGCUGUUCUGUUUGUUUUAAAGAACGAUGUGAUUCAAAACGGUCCCAUAGCUUAGACUAUGAACCUGUCAUGACUAGAACCUGUUGUGGAAGUAUUCUGAAGGAAGGUGAAGAAGAAAACAGAUUUUAUAACACUUUAGGAAAAUCUUUUCGUUCCUGGUUUUUCUCCAGAUCUUUGGAUGAAUCCACUCUGAGGAAGCAAAUUGAAAAAGUGAGACCCUUGAGAAACACAGAAGGUUGGGCCAAUAACACAGUAUCAGUCCAGCCUUCCAGACACCAAGACUUCGAGCACCAAGAGCCAUUUUCAACAAAAGAGCCAAACUUAGAUGAGGAAGUGUUUCUGGAAACUUCUCAGAAACAUUUGGAGUGGUUGAGAGCACCAGGUACUUCGAAGCAUUUCAAUGGAGACCAAGAAGAAAAUAGAAGAAAUGGAGGGGAGAUUUUUCCGCCUAGCACUAAUACUGGUGAGAACUGUGUAGAUGCCAGUGACUUAAAGAAUGGCUACCCUUCUGACAGUAAAAUACUGAGAAGAAUUUCUGCAGUCAGUUCCACAGAUUCCAACCCAGAUGAUACAAUUUCUGUUGACGAACAACAGCCCAGAAUUUUGGAUUCAAGAGCCUUCAUGCGCUACUACCAUGUAUUUCGAGAAGGCGAGCUGUGUGAUCUCCUGCAGGAGAAUGUGUCAGAGCUCCAUAUUCUGAGCUCCGGAAAUGAUCAUGGCAACUGGUGUAUCAUUGCAGAGAAAAAAGAAAGGUUGUGAUUAAUUGGAUCAUUUUUUUCAGCUUCUCCAAAAAAUGAACUAUGAUCUUUUCAUUAGCAUUGAAAGCAAAAUGCUAGAUUAGUUACCUAAAUUAGCAUCCAAUUUUAUUAUAUUUUAAAAUCUAUGUAUGCUUUGGUUUAGAGACUAAGAAUUGAUCAUCUUUGUAAUCUUUGGGUAAGCACAGAGUUUAGCAUUUGACAUAUUUGUAUUUAAAUGUUAAUAAAAUGAUCUGAAAAAUCAAUAGAAAAUGCACUUCAGUACAGUUUAGAUUUUAUUCCCCAUAACAAGGAAAUUCUUCUAAGAAUAUAUGUAUAUUUGUUUUCAGUAUUAUAGAUUGAUUUUAAAAGAUUCUACUCUUAAAUAUACCUUUAAAUAGAGUAUUUUUAUAAAGUAAUAUGAUAAUUUCUGGUUCCCAGGUAAUAAUUUAUAAAAGGAAACUUAUUCCAUUGCUCAGCUAUUACAGUUUAUUGACCCAUGGGAUGGGGUAUUUUGUUGCCAAAAAUACCUUGCUUCUACUUAAAGUCUUCAGAAAAGUGGGAGACAAUGGAGAGAAACAUAAAAGUUGUGGGGACUUUUCUAAAUUAUAAGCAAACUUCCUUCAGGAUAAGUACUGUAAAUAACAAGUUUUUCAUUACUGCUCAGAAUCAGUGGUAGAGUAUGUACCUAGCAGGCAUUGAUUCCCAGCACUGUGUGAAAAAUAAAGAAAUGAAAUAAAUAGAAUAAAAGCACUGUUAGCAUGUAGGGAGUGCAGUACAUGCAUCUGAGGAGUUGUUCUGAGUACUCUGGUGGAACUUAUUUCCAAAAGUAUUAGAAGCAUGAAUACCCACUUAAGAGAACACCAGGCUUAACUGAUCAUUUUAAAAUCUAUGGUUGGUUAUGCUUUUCUUCUGAAUUGAAGAGAGUCUAAUUCAAGCACUGUUUUAUUUUGACUCGAAGGACGAAUACAUUGGUAAUGUGCUGGAUUUGGGGCUUUGGUGAGGUAUGACUAGGAUUUUCCGUUAGAUUUUUAAAAGUAAUAUCUAGGCAUUUAUUUUACUGAAAGAGACUUAAAACUGUAUCAGUUGUAUUAGUGACUUAAGCCAAAUUAACUUAUGUUACUUGAAGACUGAAUUUCUGCUACUUUAUAGAAAAAUGAAUGGAUUAGGCGUUGUGUGGCAACUGCAUCUAUUUAGAUUUAACCAUGGGUCUCUUUAAAUCCAUAGGUUCUGAGACAUAAAUAUAAUUCAGAUAGAAAUAGAGACUUAAGAGAAGCAGAAGUAACUUGACCUAGGAAUAUGCUCUUAGCUCCUUAAGGAGAAAAAAAUAAAUAAAAAGCCUAUUUACUUUGGGGACCACUGUAAUCCUAGAUGAAAACCCAAUUUUUGUUUUAUUUGUCUACUGAAAAAUUAACUGAAAUAGAAACACAUAUCAUAUAUUUGAGGCUCUUUUUUCCAUCAGUGAAAUAUCAGUGCGCAUUUUGCACUAGAGGAACGGUGAACACAGGCAUAGAAGUGGAGUAUAAAUUAAAAUUUAAUUUAGUGUCCAGUUCCCAAAUUAUGACAUUAAGCUAUGAGUAUAAAAGAUUUUCUUGGUGGAAAAAAAUUAUUAUCCGAGUCAAAGGUGUUCUUUUUUUUUUUUAUAGUACAUGUUUGCAGUAUGUAAUGAUUACAUUUACUGUAAGGGAUUGGUACAAGCACAUAACACAUUUCAGUUCCCUUAUUUUUCCCCACUCCCUCCACUCCUUUUAUUUUUCCAGCAUCAGUUUCAUUUAUUUAUCUCAUGAGAGCUUAUAAAGUAAAUUAACAUGUAUGCAGAUUGAAAACCAAAGUAAUAGGCGAAAGAACAAAUAAAAUGUGAGACAAUUGUACUAAGUCAAGGUACACCUUUAGAUACAUUGUCCACACUGGAUUGCAAUACCUUUUGUUCUUUAUUUUUUUCUAUUAUCUGUCAUAUAUAAAGGUUUUUGUUUGUUUGUUUGUUUGUUGUUUUUUGGUACUGGGGAUCAAACUCAGGACCUUAUGCUUGCCAGGCAGGCGGGCAGCACCACUGAGCUAAAUCUCCGGCCCUAGAGAGAGUUUUUCUUAUAAGAGAAUCCAUGCAAUAUUUAAGCUUGUGUGUCUGAGUUACUUCACUUAACAUUAUAGUCUCAGCAAAGAUGUUCUUGUAACUGGGAAACAUUUAAUCCACUUACACAUUAUUGACCACAAAACAAAUAAGCACUGGUGCAUUUUUUUAAAAUUUGGGAUUGGAGGAGAACAAAAAGUCUACUCCAUAGAUGAACUUGGUGGGGUACUUACCCCAUGAUGAAUUGAGUGCACUUUAUUUAGGAGGAAGGCUGAAACAGGGACCAGCACCUGGCUGUGCAGCUGCAGUGCAGGAAGAAUGAAUUAGGACAGGCAUCAGCUUUUCUUUCCUAUUACAUAGAAAAUUUGAAGUAAUACUUACAGCUACCUUUUCUUAAUAUCUAACAUUUAUUGUUUUAUUUGUAAUCUUCCCCACAGCUCUUUGAGAUAAGUGUACUUAUCUUCCCAUUUUGUAAAUGAGGAAAAUUGAGGCAGAAAAAAUUAACUAAAUUGCCUAAGUAGUGAGCAUCACACAGUUGGAGGCAGAUCUGAGAUUCAAUCCCACAUAGUCUGGCUCCAACCUGGGCUGGUAUCUGUAGGUUAUAUUCCCACCACUCGGUUUCAGUCAUUAUAUUAGGAAGGUUACAAGAGUCUUUCAAGGUUAAAUGUGAUUAUCUUCUUUACCAAUGAGUCUCAGCAAGGUUAAGCAAAGGCCACAUUGCUUGAUAAUUGAGAAUGACCCCUUACAUAUUUUUAUGCUUUUUAAAAUUUAUAAAUCUAUCUCAACUUGAUUGGAGUAAGAAAUAGUUCUAGGUUGCAAAAUAGUUUGUGCUUACUUUUCUGCAAUUCUUCAAUCCUUUAAAAAGUGGAUGCUGGGGCCGGAGAUUUAGCUCAGUGGUUCGCAGCCUGACAUGCAAGCACAAGGACCCAAGUUUAAUCCCCGGUACCAAAAAAAAAAAAAAAAAAAAGUGGAUGCUUUUUUCCAUUGUAUAGUGAGGAAACUGAGGGUUGUUCAGAUAUUUCAUUCAUCCAUUUGUUCCCUGAGACAUGUGUAUUGGAUAUGAAUGAUAAAAGACCAUGAAUAAGCUGGAGUUUUGAGUGUGCACAAAAUAUUAGAGUUAGCUGAUCUAAAAGAGCCAAGGUGGAACAUUUUGUUGUAUUUCAUGAUCCAAACAUCUGUGUUAUAUUGUUUAAUUAGAGAAAAACAAUAUAGAGAAUCAUAAUGCAUAUUUGCAUAUUUAAGGUCUAUUUUAAGUGAACCUAGAAGUUAAUUUUACUGAGCUUGCCCUUGGAUAUAUUGACAUACUCUAGCACAAGUGCCCUGAGUAAUAUAUUUCAGAAAAUUAUGUGUCUUCUAGAAAAAAUACAAACUUCUCUGGAUGGUAUUCAGGACUUUCAUGAAUUAACUCAUCUCCUGCCAUUGUACCGAUGUUUUCUGUUCUGCAAUCUGCUAUUUUAAAUAAUGCUUUCACUGAAAUUACCUAAUGGCAAGUAAUUAUCCCAUACCCUAGAUCUGUACUGAGAUUUAAAAUUCAGUCAUUGUAGUCUUCUCCACAGAUGAAUUUAUACACCAGGCUUCAUUCCAUUAAUGGCAACGUGAGAGAAGUGUUCCUACUCACCUAUCCAGUAGAUGGCAAACCAUGCCAGUGGUAGCUUUGCUGGUUCCUAACCUAGAAUGCUCAACUCCUUCCCUCUCAAUCUUAUUUCAGAUUUAUGAUUCCUGUUUCAAAGACAUAAACUCCAUACUUAAAACCUCAAUUAUGUACAAAACUGAGUGAGAACAUUAAAAAAAAACUCUAACUAAACAAGGAUAGAAGUUAUGCAAAUAGAAUGCACUUGGCAUGAGAGCCCAAACAGAAACUUAAAACCAAUCACCAAGAAAAUACUAACUAUAAAUUACAAAAAUUUUUGAUUUACUGAGGACUUAACAGUUUGUAACACAUUAAUAAGGAUGUAAAUCAUUUCAGUUAUACCCCCUUGUUCUGUGCCCUCUUGAUACAGACCUUCCCAGGUUGAUGAUGCAUGAAUAAUUAAUCACUUUAUCUGGGAAGGAUCAAAACUGUCAUGUAAUCUGACCAAUCUGAUGAACCACUUGUGAGAGCUGAGUGUCCAGCUGGAUCCCCACAUGGCAAAUAAUGAAUUCACAUAAAACAACAUAUUUUCUUCACAGGGAAUUUUGUGUCUCUGUAGAUGCUACCUCUACGUAGAAAAAGCAAUGAGUCAUUGUUCAUCUGUAGCCAGUGUAACUGAACAUUGAAUUCCCGAAGCAAAUUACAGUUACAUCUAUAUAUACUGAGGAGGGAAUUUGGUUGAAGGACAGGCACUUUUCUUAUGAGCUAAUUAUAUCACAUCCACUUAAAAUCUUCUUGUAAAUGUAUCAAGAGGGAUCCUAGUAGUACGAAAAGUUUGCAUUUCUACUCUAUUUAUGCAGAACAUUGACAUUACUUAAGGCUCACUAAUGGGGACCUGAGUGGAAUUCUGAGACACUGAAUAAGUGUGUGGAACUGUCCUAGUUUCUGGAGAUGCUCUUAAUUACAUAUGUGUGUAAAUAUAUGUGUACAUACACCUAUUCCUAGAUGUCGAGUGUUUGCUGUGGUUACUGACCAAGAAAAAAUAGCUCUUGUGCACUUAUAAAAACAUAAAAGUAGCAAUUACCAUGGAAAUGUAUUCCAUUGGAUAGAUUUUUUUGUUCCAGAGAAAUUUAAAGAUGAUUGUUAAAUGUUCUCUUGCCUCUUCCAGUGUUGAUGUAUAUUUUUGUGUCAAAAAAGUGAAAACUCUUCUUUUCCUAUAAUUUAUGGUUAUUUUGGCUUUUCCCAGAAAAAACUAGCAGUAGUUUUAAAAGCACAAACUGAUGUAAAAAAUCUUGGCUUGUAAUAACUUGAUUAUGUAUUUUAUUUAUAUUAACUAACAAUGGUCAAGUUCUUUGUAGCAUUGUUUAAAAUGGUGUAAUUUAUGUGAUUAUGACAGGUGGUAAAUUUUUUAAAAAUUAUGUGUCCAUGUUAUUUUAAAAAAUGUUGUUAGAUGAACAGAAUUUUGCUUUUCUUCACUCUCAGAGUGACAGAAUUGGAGUCACUCAGUUCACACAGCCAACUCGGAUUACACUUCAACAGAACUGAACAAGUUCACAUUUGAGUCAUUAUCUUUGUCUGAAGGGAACCAGAUUAACCAUUUAAUAAUAAACUAUCUUUAGUGGGUUAAAAGAAUAUUAUUGGAUCAAAAAAGAUGUAUUUUAAAACUAAUAAAGUUUUACAUUAUCCCUAAAGGGGUGUGUAUGAAGAUACAGUAACAAUAUA